UUUUAUACAAAUAUCUUUCGUUUUGGCUUCUGUAUAAGUUGGCUGUGCAAAAUUCGGAUGUAUUGAGCGACCAGCAAUACAUUUACAUUUUAAAUUUUUUUUUGACCCAUGAUAUUCGAAAUUGUUGUUUUGUCUUAAAACCUCAAAUUUAUCAUCGCAUAAAGAUGGUGCGAGUGGUGGAAGAUGUAUUUGGCAUUGCCGUUAAUCCCAUGACCCAAAAGACCGAUCAUGUGCGCCGCUUCACAUUGUGUUCGGAGAAGGGCAUGUCCGUGGCUAUAUUGACAUUGGGCGGUAUUAUACAAAGCAUCAGGGUGCCUGACGCUAAUGCUAAGCUGGAGGACGUUUGUCUUGGCUAUGACGAUGUCGCUGGCUAUUACCGCAACCAGAAAUUCUACGUAGGGGCCAUAAUUGGACGCGUUGCCGACCGUGUGGCACGUGGCCGUUUCAACCUGUGUAGCAAGGAAAUAAGUCUAUCUCGAAACCACAAGGAUCUUUACCAUCUGAAUGGUGGCUAUGUGGGCUUUGAUAGCGUUAUUUGGGAUGUAGUUGGCAUACACAAGGACGGUGUCACGUUUCAACACGUCUCGCCAGACGGGCACGAGGGCUAUCCGGGCGAAGUAACGGUCAACAUUAACUACUCACUUAAUGAAGCUGGUUGCCUAGGGUUGCGAAUCGAGGCGCGCGCGAAAGAGACAACAUGCAUCAACAUAGGCCACCACUGCCUUUUUAAUCUUGCAGGCCACAGUUCGGGUAGGGACACACUGUACCAACAUAUGAUAAUGAUCAAGGCGAAUAAGAUUGUGGACACGGACCUCGAGCAAAUACCCACUGGAAAAUUAAUGCCAACGCGUAACACACCCUAUGACUUUUCCACCUUAACAAAUUUGGGCAAACGCCUCAAUCAGGUUAAUCGAUGCCCCAUUAGUGGAUUUGAUAACAACUACUGUGUCGAUGUGGAUCCGAAUCAAGUGAAGCUGGUUGCCCGCGCAGUUCACCCAUGCUCGGGUCGUUUUGUGGAAAUUCACACCAAUCAACCUGGAGUGCAUUUCUCUACUGCAAAUGGUCUGCCCCAAGAAGACCGCGGGGAUGUUCCCCAUGUUGGAAAGGGAGGUGCGCACUAUUCACAACACAGCGCGUUUUGUUUGCAAACUCAAAAAUAUCCUGAUGCAAUGAACAACCCGGAGUUUCCAACGGUUAUUAUUAAUCCGGGUCAGUUAUACGACCAUCAAGUAGUUUACAGAUUUGGCGCAUGCCCAAAACGUGUGUAGAAUUGGGUAUCUGAUGAGCAACGUUUAAGAUGUGCAUAAAAAUAAAUUAUGAA